AUGCUAGCGGCUAGAAGAUCAGGUAACCUCCUUCGGUCUCAAGCCACUUCAGCACCAUGUGUGCGUUCAGCUCUGCUAGCGAGGGAAUAUCACGGUGAUCCAGGACCGUCCACUCGAUCAAAUAGGAAUCAACAGGAAUUGCGAUCCGCGAUCGUAUCAGCCUCCAAGACGGGCCAACAAGUGUCUUCAUCAGGUAGACAUCUACCUAAGAAACUGGUCAAUGCAGAUAGACAAAUAUUAGAUGGUAUAUUCGAUUAUAAUCAGUAUAAGUUUAAAUCGCCGAAAGCAUUUAGAGUAGGAGCAAAAGUCCAACAGAAAGAUGUUUCAUUACCACUUAGAUUACCUGAUACAAGAUUCAGCAAAACAAGUUAUGGUCAUGGUGGUGGCCGAGGAGGAGAGGAAGAUGCAUAUUCGACAUCAAUGAAAUUACGGAAAUUGAUCGAAAAACAUGAGAAAAAUAGUAAUGGUAGUAAGAAAGGGUUAACGGAUUUACAGAUUGAAGAAGCUGUACAGAUUGUUAUUUCCGCUCCGAAGAAUAUGGUCAAUACACCUGUUUGGAAUAUAUUAUUGGGAUUUGUAGGAAAACAGAGGAGGUUGAACUGGAUGUGGAGUCUAUAUAAUGAUAUGAAGAAAAGAGGCAUAAAACCUACGACUCGUACCUAUUCAACGAUGAUCAAUGCUUAUUCGCGUAUAUCACAUUCAGGGGAUAUAUCAGCCGAAUACGAGUUGAUACCAGUCAAGGAAUUAACUCACUCUAGAGUAACAAUACUGUUCGAACAGUCUCAACAGCACAUCAAGAAAUGUAUGAAUGCUUCUGCUCUCCUUCAAGAAGAUUUAGGUAUCACACACAGCACCUCCGUUCCAUCUGGUUCUCAAGUCAAAAAGGAAGAUCAAAGUGUGAAUAACGAAUUUGAAGAUGAAAUCAAUACUUCACCUACCAACGCCUAUUUGAAAUACCUAGGAAGACACGGAUUAUGGGAAGAGAUGUAUCAGACUUUCCUCUCUAUGGAUACUACCGGUCCUCUAUCGCCGGAUUCGAUUACUUAUACGACCCUUUUCGCAAGUCUACAUCAUAUACACUUGGUCAGGGGCCGACAGAAAAGCGCGGAUCCUUCCAUCGUACAUAAAUUGAUAGAUAUCGGACCUGUCUCAAGAGGAAUAUGGGAUCAAUGUCAACGACAAUUCGCUAAAACCAAAGGGGAGAGGGAUCGAUCAAUAGAUAAUGAGUUAUUCAGUCAUGCGUUAAGAUGCUUGAUCAAAGGUAGACCUGAAGAUCAUAGAUUCGCUAUCAGUUUGGUAGACGAAAUAUGGGGAUUACCACCUCCCGGUCAAUCAAAAUUAGCUUCAACCUCAACCUCAACUUCCACUGGAUCGACACCGAGACUCAACCCUACUGUACAAUCUGCAACGGCCUUAAUACAAGGAUUACUUCGUUCAAAACAGACCGUUUUAGCCUCUCAUUAUACGACUUUAUUAUUGUCACGUAAAGAUAUUCAAACUUCAGUCGAUCUAUAUUUCCUCAAAUCGGCUAUAAACGCCCUGAGUGAAACUGGAGACAUAGGUGGUAUUUUAGGUAUUCUGGAAUCGUAUCAACCUCCAACAGGCUCAGAGGGAUGGGAUAUAUCAACUUAUAGUUCCGCUCUGCAAGGUGCAAGAUGGGCAGGGGACUUUCCGAACGCUCUGAAGAUUUUCAAGAGAGCUACGCAGAUUUCGGACGAUGUAGAAAAUACUUCACCUGCUGAUAAGUCACUUACUGCGGAGAAGGGGUCAGGUGAGGGAUAUAUACGGUCUACACCGAAUGGACAACCAGUCGAUUCGAGGGGUAUCAGAUGGAUCAAACCUAGACCGAUCGUACCGGAUACAAAUCUAUUAUCGAUCUUGUUGAAAAUAUCUGUUGGAUCAAAUAACGAGGCGAUCAAGAAAGUAUUGAAUAUUAUCAAUCACUUUGGAGCGGAACGAUUGUUUAGUAUCCCAAAUAGCUCAACAAGACAUGCUUCUGAGAACAAGCGAUCUAGUCAAGAUGAUGAAGGUGGGAAUCAUAACGGGGAAUCGACAUUGUUGAUUGAGAGCACACCUCAAACGCUAGUAAUCGGUGAUAGGAAGUCUAGUGCGUCGUUAGGCAAGAUGGUGGACUUUGCGAAGAAUAUCGUAUCGGCCAUCGAACGAUUACAUGGUUCCCAGGCGGAUGAAUACAGAGGGAUUAAAGAGGAUAUGCAGAAGAUAGUGAAAGUAUGGGAUGGACAUGUAUAUGGGGCGACCAGGAAGGAUGAAGGAGACGGGGUAAAGAGGCAUAGAGGUGGACGAAAUAUAGAUGCCGAUCGAAAAAGUAGGUCAGGAGCGGAUGACAUACCGAAGAGGAAUCGUAGAUCUGAAAUAGAUAGGGGAAAACAAGGAUCUGAAUGGGAAGAUGAAGAUCAAUAUAUCGGGAAGAGCACAAGAAGAUCAUCUAGUAGACGGGACGAGAACAGAAAUGCUUUCCGAGAUGGUGAGAGGUCUAGUAGGAGAGACAGGUAUGAUGAGGAGAAUAGAAUACCGAGAAGUAGUGAUCCAAGGAGUAGACGGAAUGAUUGGGCGCCGAAAGAUAUGUCUAGGUCUAGAGAAAGAGGAUUUGAUAAACCCGAGCGUCAAUUUCCCCAAAGGGAAGAGAGACGCAGUUCUGGGAGGGAUGGGAGUAAGGUAAGAGGAGGACAACCGAAGAAGGUGGCCUUCGGAUUGAAGAAAUAA